GCUAUAUAUAGGCGUCAUCCGGAGUCGCGGGCCUCUUUCUGCCCGAUCGCUGAGAGGCCUCCAUACGGCGUUGUCACCGUGUUUCCUGUCGUUGCUUUUAAAGGAAACUUUCACAAUGUCCGGAGGCCUUGAUGUCCUGCAAAUGAAGGAGGAGGAUGUCCUCAAAUUCCUUGCUGCAGGAACCCACUUGGGAGGUACCAAUCUAGACUUCCAGAUGGAACAGUACAUCUAUAAAAGGAAGAGUGAUGGCAUUUACAUCAUCAAUCUGAAGAGAACCUGGGAAAAACUGCUUUUGGCUGCCCGCGCCAUCGUUGCAAUUGAGAACCCUGCUGAUGUGAGCGUGAUCUCCUCCAGGAACACCGGACAGCGUGCUGUUCUGAAGUUUGCUGCUGCAACCGGCGCGACACCUAUAGCUGGCCGUUUCACUCCUGGCACUUUCACCAAUCAGAUCCAGGCUGCCUUCCGCGAGCCCCGCCUUUUGGUGGUCACUGAUCCAAGGGCUGAUCAUCAGCCUCUGACCGAGGCAUCUUACGUAAACAUCCCCACCAUUGCCUUGUGUAACACCGAUUCUCCCCUGCGCUAUGUGGACAUUGCUAUCCCAUGCAACAACAAGGGGGCUCACUCAGUUGGUUUGAUGUGGUGGAUGUUGGCUCGGGAGGUCCUCCGCAUGCGUGGCACUAUUUCCCGUGAACACCCAUGGGAGGUUAUGCCUGAUCUCUAUUUCUACCGGGACCCUGAAGAGAUUGAAAAGGAAGAGCAGGCUGCAGCUGAGAAAGCCGUUACCAAGGAGGAAUUCCAAGGCGAAUGGACCGCUCCCGCACCCGAGUUCACUGCUCCUCCUGCACAGCCUGAGGUGGCUGAUUGGUCCGAGGGGGUACAAGUGCCAUCUGUGCCAAUACAGCCGUUCCCAGCUGAAGAUUGGAGUGCGCAGCCAGCCACUGAAGAUUGGUCCGCAGCUCCCACAGCUCAGGCAACUGAGUGGACGGGGACUACCACAGAGUGGUCAUAAUAUAUUCAGCUGCAGGAGUUCAUGAACACAGUGGGGAAAAAACAGAAAUAAAGAUCUUUCUUAUGAUU